AUCUUAAAUACCUAUUUUAAUUUAAAAGUUUUACGAAUACUUUCUUUGCCACAAUGAAGUUUGCACUCGUAUACCUAAUGGCGGCAGUAUCUGCUGCCAUUUUGGGUAUUGAUUUUGGUCAACAGUUCACCAAGGCUGUACUUCUUGCACCUGGUGUUCAAUUUGAACUUGUCUUGACUGACGAAGGGAAGCGUAAAGAUCUUUCUGGACUUUCAGUACGCCCACACCCUGAUGCAAAGGGAGAACUCGAAAGAGUGUAUGGAUCUGCCACUGGAUCCCUUUGCACCAGAUUUCCACAAUCUUGUAUUUUGAAUACCAAGGCACUUAUUGGGAAGUCAAUUGAUGAUCCAGCAGUAGCUAGUCAUCUUCACCUGAACUUUGUUAAACUUUUACCUGAUGAGCUGCGCUCAAAUGCCAUUAAAGUUGAUGUUGGCAUUGAUGGUGAGAAUUUCACCGUAGAAGAAGUCAUUGCUAUGGCACUUGGUGACAUUAAACAAAGAGCCCUUAAUGAUCUUGAAGAUAACCCACGUGCAAAGGCAAUUGUCGAUGAUGUUGCCAUUUCAAUUCCUCCAUUUGCCACCCAACAAACUAGACAAGCAUAUCUUGACUCAUUGAAACUUGCCAAUUUCUCAAAUAUUUUGGGUCUUGUUGAUGAAGGUACUGCCGUAGCACUUAACUAUGUUUCCAAUAAAAAGUUUACUGAUGAAGAUUACUCUGAAACCAAGGAGUACCACCUUGCUUAUGACAUGGGUGCAGGUUCAACCAAGGCAACUCUUUUCUCUUAUACUCCAUUUGCCAAUGGAACUAUCAAUUUAGAAAUUGAAGCAAUUGGAUAUGAUGAAUCAUUUGGGGGUCAACUUUUCACAAAGUCCAUCUAUACUAUAAUUUUAGAAAAAUUCCUUCUUAAGUUUGGAUUACCUGUUGAUACUGAACUUCCAGCUAAAGUUAGAGCUCGUUUAUUCGAAGUUGCAGAAAAGGCUAAGAUUGUCCUUUCUGUGAAUGCUGAUUAUCAUGUUCUGCUUGAAUCCAUUUAUAAUGAAAAGGAUUUCAAGACCACAGUAUCAAGAGAAGAAUUUGAAGAAUUCAAUUCUGAUCUUUUGAAGAGAAUUACCACUCCAAUUUUUGACGCAGUUGAAGGUCAUGUUUUAGUUUCAGACCUUAAAUCUAUCGUUUUAUCUGGUGGAUCCACUAGAGUUCCAUUUGUUCAAAAGCAUUUAAUUACCUUAGUUGGAGAAGAAAAGAUUUCUAAAAAUGUUAAUGCUGAUGAAAGUUGUGCCUUGGGUACUACAGCAAGAGGAUUUAAAUGGAAGACUCAUUUAGAGAAGGCCAAGGAUAUUAAAGUAAUUGAUAAAUCUUUCCAUAACUUUGAAAUUAACGUUAAUGGAGUUGAAUCAUUAGUUUUCCCCGUUGGUGCCACUAUUGGCAACUCAACCAAGAUCAAUUUAAGCAAUUUAUCCAAUUCUAAGGCCACUAAGGACUAUUCUAUUAGCUUACUUGAAGAUGGCAAAUUACUUAGUACAUUUAACAUUGAUGGGUUAACUAAAAAAGCAGAAAAGUUGAAGUGUAAAAAAGAUGAAACUCAACAACUUUAUGGGACUUUCAGCUUGAAUCAUAACAAAAUUUUCAGCUUAAAUAGUUUAGAACUUGGAUGUUUGGCUGCUCCAAAGAAAGGAGGUUUAUUUAAAAACUUGUUGAAGAAGGAAGUUGAAGAAGUUGAGGAAGUUGAAGAAGUUAUCGCCGAGGAAGAAGAAGAAGCCGACAACGACACAGUUUCUGGAGCUGAUAACAAUGGAACCAAUAAGACUUCUAAUAAAGCCAAGCCAAAGACGUCAACCAUCUUAAGAUCCAAGUCAGUUAAUGUUAUUGUUCCAAAGCCUGAGUAUGCUCAUGUGAAACCAUUAUCCAAUACUGUUAGAGAUAGAAUUGGUAAGAAGUUAGCGUUGUGGAAUAACUUAGAUGAAGCUCGUUUUGAAUUGGAUCAAAUUAAGAAUCUUUUAGAAGGUCAAUUGUAUGAAUUACGUUCUUUCAUUGAUGACAAUGAAGAAACUUUUGAAUCUGAAAUUUCUGAUGUUUCCAGUUAUACUUCCUUUGUAUCUGAGCUUGUUGAAUGGCUUGAAUUUGACAGUGAUGGAUCUUCCAUUGAAGAUAUCCGUAGCAAGAUUAAGGAUGUCAACACGAAAAAGAAGGAAUUGGAUAGAGUGUUAGAAAUGAAAAACACUGAUUUAUCAUUCGAUGGAAUGAAGAAAAUCUACGAAGAAGGUUCUAACAUGGUUAUGGCAAUCCAAGGAUUCUUGAUCGAAUACGGUGAAGCCAUUCGUGAACUCAGAGAAAAGUUUGAAAAUGAAGGAUUUGAUUUUGAUAAAGAAAAUGAUAAAAUCAAGUAUCAACUUUUAUCAAAGAGUGGCGGAAAGGAUAAGAUGUUAAGUUUGGAUAAGAACCUUGCUGAUUAUAAAAACCUUUUAACUGAAGUUGGUGAAAUUGUUGGCAUGAAGGUGAAGCAAUUCAACAAAUUAACUAAGGAGGAACUUUUCGAAGUUUAUGAUAAGAUUUCUCUGAGUGUUGUUGACAUGUUAAGCGAUAUUCAAGAUGUGGAAUUAAACCAUAAGCAAAGAAUUGCGUCAUUUGAAAGCAAAUUCAAGUUGUUGAAGGACAGAAAGACAAAGAAGGAACUUAGAGAUAAGUUGAAAGAGGAACAAGCCAAGGCUAAAAAGGAGGAGACUGCGGAAGAAGAAGAAGAAGUAGAUCGUGAAGGUGAGUUGGAGGACGAUGAAGAGGAAUUAAAUGCUGGAACAGGAUCAACCACUCAAACUUCAUCUUCAACUUUCACAAUCGAGGAUGCCUCCGAGACCGAAGUGAACCACGAUGAGUUGUAAUACCAAUAGAGUGUGUGCCAUAGACAUCUAUA